CACUAUACAAUCUCACUUAGCUUAGUUAUUACUAUCUUUUGGUGAAAGUGUAAAAUUCUUUCUGUUGUUUCAUGUAGAUCUUCAUUCUCCUCUCUCACAAUUUCUCAAGCACCAUAAAUAAAAACAGAAAAAAAAGUAAAAAAAAAUUAAUUGUUUGAAGAGUGAAAUGGAAUUUGAUGAACAAGAGGAACAAGAAGAGGAGAUGGAGAUUCCAGAAAUACAAACACCAGUGCCAACGAGUUAUGACUCACUUAGUAACUCAGCUUCACGUUCAAAACUCACCGUUGGAGUUGACGGAAGGAAAGGUAACGGCAACGGCGGUUUUGCUUCGGUGAGGUACCGAGAAUGUCAGAAGAAUCACGCCGUUAGCUUCGGUGGCCACGCUGUUGACGGUUGUUGCGAGUUUAUUGCUGCCGGUGAAGAAGGAACACUUGAAGCUGUUAUUUGCGCCGCUUGUAACUGUCACCGGAACUUCCACCGCAAAGAGAUCGAUGGUGAAACGGUUAGUUCAUGUAACCGGCCACAGCCACCACCUCCACCGCCGCAAUACCAUCACCACAACAAUCAAUUCUCGCCUUACUACCACCGUGCUCCUCCUUCCACAGCCGGUUACCUUCACCACCAUCAUCUUGCAACUCCGGUGGCACAUCACAGACCGUUGGCUCUCCCUGCUGCUGCUUCCGGUGGUGGAAUGAGCAGAGAAGAUGAUGAUAUGUCAAACCCUAGCAGUAGCGGUGGAGGUGGUGGUGGUGGUGGUGGUAGCGGUGGUAGUGGAUCAAGGAAGAGAUUCAGAACAAAAUUCACUCAGGAACAGAAAGAGAAAUUGCUGGCUUUUGCAGAAGAACAUGGUUGGAGAAUUCAGAAACAAGAUGAAGCUGCUAUAGAACAGUUUUGUGCUGAGAAUUGUAUCAAGAGAAAUGUUCUUAAAGUUUGGAUGCACAAUAACAAGAACACUCUUGGUAAGAAACCCUAAUUAAUUUGAAGUUGUUAUUAUUAUUCUAAUUAAUUUUGUUCUAUAUGCUGUUAUUAAGAAAUUUUGAUCUCUCUAGAGAGAGUGUACUUGUGUGAAAAAAAUAAAGAAAAAAAAUGUAGUAUGGAAAAUUAAUGGACAAGAUCAAGCUAGCUAGCUAGUUAGGGUUCUUAAUGUUGUAAGUUCUUCAUCAUUUGGUUAAUUAAUUAAAUAAUUUUGUUCAGUUUA